CGCGUCCCCAGUGACAAGCUGGUUCCGAGGAUAUCUUGUGCGUAGCGGAGGCGGAAGAUUUUGAUUUGUGCGGCAAUAUUUGGCAGCAUGCUAUGCUGUAUCUAAGAAAGUUGAACCCUGUUGUAAAUUAAGUCGUUCGGCAGACGUCCACCUGACAUUUACCUUCCUAAGUAGAGCCGCGAACCCACAGCUGUCUUCAUGCGGGCCACCGCGUCUGCUGCACCACUCGACAGGGAGGAGGAUGAAGACACGGUGGAUGACUCCGUCUCUGAGGAAGAUUCAAUCUCUGAAGAAGACUGGUUCGCUCCACCAAACGGACCUCCCCGACAUGUUCCAGCGGCCGCUUCGAGAUCUAACGGCCUGCCACAGCUUCGGACGCAAGAAGAGAUACGGGAGGACCGCAUUCAGCAGCUGAUAUCGGGGGCCGAAGAGCAUAGGCGUAUCAUGGGCGACAUUGCGACGGAGCUUGGAAGAGUGACACAGGGCCUGAACAACGUUGUCACCGCAAUCAACAACUUGGUGCGGCAGCAAGAGGCCCAUCAGCAGGAGAUCUGCUCCUUGCUACGCACACUACUCGUGGCCCUGGCACGCGGCAACCCUCCCCCAUCGUAGACGUGCGCUAGCAGCCACUCACGGUUGAACAGCAGAUAGUGUAUAUAUUGUAAAUAGUGUGGCUGGUAGUGUGUACUGUGCAGAGGGUACACAUGGUGUAAAUAGCAAGUGCAUAGCUUUUUCUUUUCAACGCAAGCGUGUUUGUUUAUUUUGUUCACCCCGUUGCGAUCACUUUUCACGUUUUUCCCUCACGUGGAGAAGGAAGCCCAGUUGUACGCGAUCACAACUACGCUUUCCGUAACGAAGUUGUUGCAGACAUUGUAGCUAGAUCACAGCUGCAAUUAACGCAACGAACUGCCGAAAAACGGUUGGGAGCAACUUAUUUGACGAGACUGAACUAGAGUUGACAUGGCCUUUUCCUACGUUUCUGACAGGUGCAGUCGCACUGAGAAGUUAACUAAAAUGAACUGCAUUCGUUUCAAUGCAUGUCUUUCACGGUACCUUUAUUCCUGCUUUGUGGUGAAUGCAAUACUGUUGUUUAACUACUUCGUUGGAAGAACAAACAAAGGGAGUUUUAGUACACCAAACGAAUUCUACGACAAUGGUACGAUUCAGACAGCUGUCAAAUCACAGAUCAGGGACUGGCUAAGUUCGUUCAGUGUAGAGCUAACUUGAUGCGUCGAGGAAAACAAUCGGAACGCGUCUAUUGGAUAGCGGGGAUCACCAUGCGCAACGCUGUCCAACAGGCGCGUUCCCAUUACUUGUCCCGGCGCAUCAAGUCAUGUUUUCACUGAACGCACUUAGCUUCCCAGCAAAGAAAUGUCCGCAACUUUGUAGGAAAAGAGCGAUUGCCUUGUCGUGUUUUCGGACUCUCUAUCACGAACACCUUCAGACUCACUAAAACUCCCUCUAUCGGAAUACGAUGUCAAGGAACUUUUGCUUAGCAAACAACAGUAAUGCAAUUCUGAGGUAACAGUUAUUGAUGUGAUUCAAACAAGAAAGCAAGCAGCACGGAGACAAACACGUGUUCUGUUAUCACAAUUUCUACUUUGAGGAAAAAAUAAAGGUUUUUGCUGAU